AUUGAAAAUUUUUGGGGUUUGUUGAAAUGUCAGUUUGAAUGGAUUUGGUUGGCAUUUUUCUUAUAAUGGUUCACUUGAGAACACUUCCUCUCUCCCACUCUUUUUCUCUUUGUCUCUCUCAUAGUUUGCUAAGCUUUCCCUCACUUCGUGGGGAGAGACACACCACUGGUUUCAAUAAGUAGUUUGAGAUUUAAACUUUUUAACCUCUCAAGAUUUCUUUUUUAUGAUUUUAAGGGGUUAGUGCAAACCAAGAACACAAUCACACUGAAAAAUAGCAUGAUCAAGUUCUAUUAAGUGCAGCAAAAACAUGAUCAUGCAUAUAAUAAAACAUAUAGUAUUUCCAUUGCCACAUUUAGAAAUCUUUGUGAUAUUUGACUACUUUGUUACCUAGACAUCAAAUCAGGGUGUAUUCGCAUGCACUUGAUGAUGGAUGACCAAGGCGGUAACAAUGCUGUAACUAGGGAAUACAGGAAAGGGAACUGGACUGUUAAUGAAACAAUGGUGUUGAUUGAGGCAAAAGAGAUGGAUUAUGAGAGAAGGAUGAAGAGAAGUGGGGAUCACAGUGAAGGGAGGAACAAACCGACAGAGUUGAGAUGGAAAUGGGUGGAAGAUUAUUGUUGGGGAAAAGGGUGUUUAAGGAGCCAAAACCAGUGCAAUGACAAGUGGGAUAAUCUCAUGAGGGACUACAAGAAAGUGAGGGAGUACCAAAGGAAAGUAGCUGAGAGAGAAGGGAAUGAUAGUAAGCAAAGAUCAUAUUGGGAGAUGGAGAAGAAUGAAAGAAAAGAAAAAAGCUUGCCUAGUAACAUGUUGCGCCAGAUAUAUGAACGUUUGGAGGAGGUGGUGGAGAAGAAAGGAGCUCAAACGGUGGCCGCUACGGCUGGUGGUGGUGGAGGGUCAGAUCCCAAUAUUACCAACUUACCUUAUGUUAUGGAUAGACCAAUGGUUAGUACUUUUCAACCUUCAUUACCUCCUCUUUUACAACAUCAACUUUCAGCUCCUAUACCUGCUGCAAUUCCAUUACCUCUACCACAAGCAUCACCACAACUGCCGCCGCCGCCAGCACCAAUAAUACAACCACCACCUCUUUCAUAUGCUCAGCCACUGCCCACCAUAGAUUCUGAUACAAGUGAGCAUUCAGACUCACCAGCAAAGAGAAGGAGAAGAGGUGGUGGCAAUGGCGAAGGCACCAGUGGGACUGCAAACAACAUAAAUGAAGUAAGCACUGCAAUCUCCAGAAGUGCUUCCAUUAUAGCAGAAGCCAUCCAAGCUAGUGAAGAAAGAGAAGAGAGACGGCAUAGAGAUCUCUUAAGCUUCCAUGAAAGAAGACUAAGGAUUGAAGAAUCCAAGACUGAGGUCAAUAAAAAAGGAAUGGAUGGCCUGGUUGAUGCCAUUAACAAGCUUGCUAAUUCCAUCUUUGCUUUAGCUUCCCACAAGAACCAGUCAUCAGCUCCCAAGUGAUUCUCUUUUAAUAUUAAUUAAUCACAUUGGUAGUUGUAUAUAGUAAUUGGGUAAUCCUCUAUGUUUCAUGUUUGUACUCUACUCACUUCCAUUGAUCAUUCUAAUGUUUAAUCUCUAGUGUUUAAACUCAUAUUUUGUGUUUAAACACAAACUAAGGCUUGGUUGUAAUGCUUUCAAAAGUGAAGUAUAAGCAAAUUGUUGUGUAUCUCCUUCAA